AUGGGAAGUUAUGGUUCAGUAUAUAAAGGAACGCUUUUGGGUGGGAUGAAUAUCGCAGUGAAGGUAUUCAAUUUGCAACUAGAAGAAGCUUUCAAGAGUUUCGAUGUCGAGUGCGAAGUAAUGCGUAACAUUCGUCGUCGAAACCUAAUUAAAAUCAUCAGCAGUUGCAGCAACAUGGAUUUCAAAGCCUUGGUACUAGAGUACAUGUCUAAUGGGAACCUCGAGAAGUGGUUGUAUUCUCAUAACUAUUGUUUGGACAUUCUACAACGGUUAAACAUAAUGAUAGAUGUCGCGUCAGCAUUACAAUAUUUACAUCACGAUCAUGCAACACCUAUUAUUCACUGUGAUUUGAAACUAAGCAAUGUCCUCCUUGAUGAAGACAUGGUUGCACGUGUUGCUGAUUUUGGGAUUACAAAACUUUUAGGUGACGGAGAUCUAAUGGUACAAACCAUGACCUUGGCAACAAUCGGGUAUAUGGCACCAGAGUAUGGAAUUGAAGGAAGAGUAUCAACAAAAUGUGAUGUCUAUAGUUAUGGUGUCUUGUUGAUGGAAACAUUUUCAAGGAAGAAGCCGACUGAUGAAAUGUUUGCCGGAGAGGUGAGCUUGAAGCGUUGGGUGAAAAAAACAUUAGAGGGUUCGAUAAUUGAAAUUGUGGACACCAAUUUGAUAAAAAGAGAUAAUGAAAAUUUCUCUCCUAAGGUGGAAUGUGCAUCAUCUAUCUUUCGUUUGGCCAUGGAUUGUUCCAAUGAUUCAGCUAAGGAAAGGAUCAAUAUGAUUGAUGCUUUGGCCACACUCAAGAAAAUCAAAACCUCUUUUCUAGCAAAUAUUGGUACCAGCUAG